GUCGAGGGAGUUGCCUUUUCGUGUGUUGUGUUGAUUGGCAAAGAUGACCAGAUCAAAGCAACAGGAGCACGAGGCCGCCUUCCGCCUGCGCAACGAUGUCUGCGUUCGCGUGGUGCAGGACACUACCAAAGUUGACGGUCUAGGCGGCGAAGUGUGGGCGGGCGCGCUGGUCCUCUGCGAAUUCCUGGAGACGCACGAUCAGGAGGUGGUUCGGGAACGCGAUGUGAUCGAGCUCGGGGCUGGCUGUGGUCUGUGCGGACUGGUCGCCGCCUCGCUAGGUGCCAAAACAACCGUCUUGACAGACGAGUUUCCUGAUCUGCUGGCGAGAAACAUCGCGAAGAACCAACACAUUUGGGAAGAGCGUGAGGCUGACGGAUCCUCCGCCAUCGUCUCGAGCGGGGAGCUGGAAUGGGGUGUCGCCGAGUCUAUCGUGCCUUUUGCUCACAAGUUCGACACCAUGCUCGGCAGUGAGAUCACACAGCUGGGGCGAGAUCUGCACGUCCCUCUUCUCGAGACGAUUCGCUCUGUGCUUCGUCCUGGACCCAAGUCGAUGGCACUGCUGUCCAUGGAUCCAUGCCGAACUACUUGUGAAGGUACAUGUAAUGUAAGCAAAUGCACAGCGUCACACUUCGUAGCCGCUGCAAAGCAGACAGGUUUCACAGUUCACAAGCACCCAUCGGUGCGUCUGGCGACUCGGGAAGCCGUGACUACGUUAGUGGGUGCAUUAGGCCGACCGCUGCAUGUCGACGAGGACGACUGGAGUGUGGUCUUUGAGUUGCGUCUUGAAAGAACAGAUCAAUAAUACUUAGUAUACAGCCUUCAUCGCUCCGACUGCAAGUGAACAAAAUGUAGCCA